AUGAUGGAGGUUCAUGAUGAAGAACUCUGCUUUCCUCAACUCCUCAACACCUCCUGUAGAAAACCAACAGUUCAAUGGCUCAAAGUUGUGAUUCUGCAGUCUCUGCUCUCUUUCAGCUGUGUGUUUUCUGUGACUCUCAAUCUACUUGUAAUCAUUUCAGUCUCCCAUUUCAGGCAGCUUCACAAAACCACCAACUUCCUGCUCCUGUCUCUGGCCGUAUCAGAUUUCAUGGUGGGCCUUGUUGUUUUCCCAGGUGAAGCUGUCAAACUAACAUCUUGCUGGUUUCUUGGUGAUGUCAUGUGUUUACUGUACAUGCAUAUUGUCAGUAUGAUAGUUUGUAUCUCAGUUACAAAUGUCGUACUGAUAUCUGUUGACCGCUAUGUGGCUAUAUGUUACCCUCUGCAUUAUCACAGGAGAAUCACUGUGACAAGAAUACGACUGUGUAUCAGUCUCUGCUGGAUUUAUUCAGCUUGCUACAGCGUUUCGUUUCUGAAGGAUAAUGUAAGUGCAAAAAAGGCUUCUUGUCAUGGAGAGUGUUUGUUUUCAGUUGACUUCAGUUCUGCAGUUGUGGAUUUUAUUUUAGCUUUCAUCACUCCAGUUACCAUCAUCAUAUUUCUCUACACCAGAGUGUUUGUAGUUGCCGUGUUUCAGGCCCGAGCCAUCCGCUCCUCUGUUGCUGCUGUGUCCCUGCAGCGUUCAGUAAAAGUACAGAGAUCUGAGCUGAAAGCAGCCAGGACUCUUGGUAUUUUAGUCGUUGUGUUUCUAAUAUGUUUCUGUCCAUAUUACUGUGCUUCUCUAGGAGGUGAUAUGUCGUUCAACACGUCUGCUGCUGUGCUGUGUGCUUACUGCAUUAACUCUUCUCUUAACCCUUUAAUCUAUGCCAUGUUUUAUCCCUGGUUUAGAAAAUCAAUUAAACACAUUGUGACACUGAAAAUAUUCCAUCCUGGCUCCAGUAAGGCUAAUAUACUGUAG